AUGUCCGGCGUCGAGGACGUAGAUGCCCAGCGUAAGAACUACCGACGACCGCACAACGCGCACAAUCCGAUACCCACGGUCCAAAAAUACCGUGAGGAGAAGCAGAGAAGACAAGACGAGUAUGGCCAUCCAGAUGGCGCAAGUAACGAGCCAAGCACACGCGACCGGCUGGGGGAUGCCGUCAACGUCUUCAGGCAUGGUAGAGAUGUAGAGCUGGACAAUGAUGGCAAUGGGCCGUAUCAAGCUAGGAACAAGAACAUCGAGCAAGACGAGCAAAUUGCAGACGAUCACGCCGGAAAGAACACACCCGAGCAGAAAGACCAAAAUCUGGCGAAAGAUCAGGACGACGAAGAUGGACUACAGGACACAACAGAGGAUGGCAUGAUAUCCUCAGAUCCUAAGCAGGCCCGAAAGGAUAUGAAGAAGUUCAAAGCCGAUGGUGCAGAUCGCGAAGUCACCGACCCCAUCACCCAUCUACCUAUCCAAAUCCACGACUAUACAGAUCGAGAGCUAAAGAGCACUGCAAAGAACCCGCCGCCUGUAGGGUCAGACCCACGCACCAUGACUGGCAAAGACGCCAUCAACAAGAGCGAUGAACAUCUCGAAGAUGAAUGGCAGGAAUCACAGGACUCACAUGUUGGUAUGCAGGCCUUGUUUCCACCUCCGUCCUUUGACAGGACAAGAAGCGAGAUCACGACCGUUUAUAUGCAGGCUGUGACUGUUGGCGUAGGAGCAGCUGCAAUUAGCUUGAUGUUGGUCAACACACUAUUCUGGCCCACGCGCCAUGCGACAGGCUGGGGAAGACAGUUAUGGAAGGCUACUGAACUCAGUACUAUGGCAGUCAUCUCCACGGCCAUCAUACUCUUCAUGCGACAGUGGUCAGAGAACAAGAUCAAGAAUGUGUGGGAUGCUGAGGUUUGGCAGGCAGAACGACAAAGGGGCCAGAGAUUGGCCAAGACCCAAACUGCUGAAAGUACACAGUGGCUGAAUUCGCUAUUUGCUUCCGUAUGGCCGUUGAUUAACCCGGAUCUGUUUACGAGCAUUUCGGAUACACUUGAGGAUGUCAUGCAAGCUUCCCUCCCCAGUAUGGUUCGCAUGGUCGCCGUCGAGGAUCUUGGUCAGGGUAGCGAGGCCCUCCGCAUCCUCGGUGUUCGAUGGCUUCCUACAGGUGGGGCUGCUAGAUCAGUGGGCUCUGACGGAAAUUUGAAGUCUCCUGACGAGGAGAAGGGCGACCGGACUGUCGAAGAGAGCGAUGACAGCGGUGAAGGCCAAGAUGACCAACCACAGCAAGACACAAUGGAGGCUGAAGAUGGAGACUUCGUAAACGUGGAAGUUGCCUUCGCAUACAGACCAUCAACAGGAAAGGGCAUCAAGUCACGCGCCAAACAUGCUCAUUUACUGUUGGCAUUCUAUAUGCCAGGUAAUAUCAAGAUACCGGUAUGGGUCGACCUCGCGGGCGUGGUUGGUGUCAUGCGCUUCCGUCUGCAGCUGUGCCCUGAUCCUCCGUUCUUCUCAGUUUGCACCAUGUCCUUCAUGGGGCAACCCAAAGUCACGCUAUCAUGUGUGCCACUAAUCAAGAAAGGACCCAACCUCAUGGACGUGCCUCUCAUCUCCAGCUUCGUGCAGUCGUCCAUGGACGCAGCAUUGGCGGAGUAUGUCGCGCCUAAAUCUCUUACCUUGGACCUCAAAGACAUGUUGAUGGGCGACGACUUCAAGAAGGACACAGUCGCACAGGGUGUUAUCAUGGUACGUAUCAAAUAUGCGUUCGACUUCAAAGAGGGCGAUACAAAGAUCGGUCCUUUUGGUGGCUCCGCAGACCCCUAUGUGAGCGUGGGAUGGGCCAAAUUCGGGAAGCCGCUCUGGUCGACGCGUGUUCUCCAGCAAAACAUGAAUCCCCAUUGGGACGAACAUUGCUUCGUCUGUGUUACCUUUGACCAGUUGAAUGUAGAUGAGAAAUUGAGGCUGCAGUUGUGGGAUUCUGACCGUUCAACUGCCGACGACGACCUGGGACGCAUCGAGGUGGACCUCAAAGAGUUGAUGAAGAGUGAUGAGACGAACGGAAGAAUGCACGAUCGCGAGGACGGCUUCAGAGCCCUCAAGAGUGGAGAUGAUAUGCCUGGAAAACUGAGCUGGAGCCUGGGUUACUUUUCGAAAACCAGAAUCACUGAUGACCAGCUUACUAUGCAAGACGAGGACCCCGAUGUCGAAAACAUAGACCAGUUGAAGAAGAAGAUGUAUAAGGAGGCAGAGGACAAACUUCGAGAGGCGAGUGAGGAUCACCGAAAAGAAGUGGAACAGCAAAAGUCCGAAGAGUUCAAGAACCGUCAAGAUCAGCUUAUCAUCGCGUCCCCACCCUCCGAAGACUAUCCAUCAGGUAUUCUCAGCAUCCAGAUCCACCAGAUCACCGGCUUGGAAUUGGAAACACUGAACAAGCAGAAAGACUCUGCGAACGCAGAGGCAACAGACGAAGAAGAAGAAGGCGAUAGUCUGCCCUCUGCAUAUUGUACCAUCAUUCUCAACCACAAGAAGAUCUACAAGACGCGUACGAAGCCGAAGAACUCGAAGCCUUUCUUCAACGCGGGCUGCGAGAGAUUCAUCCGAGAUGUACGCAAUACCGAAGUACAUGUUGCCGUUCGUGACGCUCGUAUACACGAAGACGACGCCUUGCUCGGUAUCGUUUAUCUGCCUCUAGAAAGAGUGUUUCGGAAGCGGAGCCAGAUAAACCACAUGUUUCCACUGGCCGGAGGUGUGGGAUACGGCCGUAUAAGAAUCUCUAUGGUCUUCCGAAGCGUGCAAAUCCAACUACCGAGAAACCUGGUUGGUUGGGAUUACGGAACUGUGGACCUCAAACCCUCUAUAAAGGCUAUUGAUCUUCCGGAGGACCUAAAGCCUCUUCGGCUCAAGGUCCGUACGCCACUGGAUCGCGCAAAGCUACACUCGCGGGGACGGAAUGGUAGAGUCCGCUCAGAAGACGGCCAGACCGUCUGGACUUCGAGGAAGGACAAGUCUAUCCGCUUACCUGUGCGCGCCCGCUACUGUACGCCACUCGUCUUCGAAUUUAGACAAGAUGCUACCUUCCGAGACCACACCCCGGGUUUCGGUAUCCUCUGGCUCAAGGAUAUUCCCGACAAUGAGGAGCAGACAAUACGUGUCUCUAUCUGGAAGGGUGACUUGGAGCGCGCAGAGAACAAUGUGCUUGAUUCAUAUGGUGAGAAGGUGGGCGAGAUAGAAGUAACGUUGACGUUCUGGUCCGGUCUAUCAGGAUAUCACGAGAAACUCGCAAAGGGCGAUAAACACAUUUCCAACGUUAUGGAGGUUCUCGAUGUCACCAACGACCAGGAGUGGUCCGACUGGGAUGAUUCGGAUGGCUCCGAUAAGCCCGGUAUCAACGACAACAAGGAAACCGACAACGAUGACUCAUCAUCGGACAGCUCAGAUUCGGAAGACGACGGCGAAGAUGGUGGUGACAAGAAGUUUGUACCAGACUUCCUCCAGGAUGGCGGCAAGAAGAUCGAUUCGAAGCUGAGCAUACAGGGCAAGGGUGGCCCUAUCAGCAAGAUAAAAGACUACAAGGAGAAUGCGAAUCAACUACAUCGCAAGAACAGGGGCAUGAUGCAGUGGAAGGGCCCACGGACGUUGGCUUGGAUGAAGCACGUAGGUGAUCGUGGAAAGAAGAAGGUGGGAAAUAUGUUCCAUCAUCAUGAGAGGAGUGGAGCGGGUGUUGAGACAGAGGCUUAG